AUGGUUUCAAGUCAAGUUGACUGGGACUUUUGUGGCACCUGGCGGCAUGGCAGGGGCUCCCUGAACCUGAACAUCAACCUGACCACAGGCUGUGAUCACAUGUUAAUAUCAGCCAAUGAGAACUCUCUGUCCAUUAGUGGACAGAUCACGGCACAGUGUAUGCGGUCUGAAGUGCUUCCCCUCGACCAGUAUGGACUUCAUUCAGGGGAGGAAAGUGACUUCUGUCUGUACUGGGAAGCUUUGCUGGACCAGAUGAAACUGCAGAUUGGUGGGAUGAACCUCACUCUAUGCUGGCCCACUGGUCUACCAGACUCCUGUUGCACUGGUCUGACUGAUGUCUCCAAGUCACCUCCAGCACUCUACGGCAUCGCCAAUACAACGAUCAAAGAGGAUUUCACUGCCAGUGAAACACGGAAAUUCUACAACUUCAAGGGAGAGACCAACAGUUGCAAAACAUUAUGUCCUUCAGUGAGCCAGGCAUCCACCCAAGACAACAUGAACUGUGCUCCUAGCUCUGAGGUGGAGAUGAAGGAGGAUUUCAAAGGCCAAAUCGUUACUUCACCUGUCAUGAAAGGUGUCCCACCAGAGUCUGCCACCUCUGUCUAUCUGCCCCCCUCUCUAAAGCAAGCUGCAAAAAACCACAGCAAAGUAGUCUGCACCUUCUUCAAAAACAACUCCCUGUUCCAGGAUGGUCAUGAGAAGGGCAGGAUUCUCAAUGAUGUGGUGGGAAUCACCGUGGAGAACGAGGUCAUCAAAGAUCUGCCUGAGCAGAUCAGGAUCGCUUUCCACCAUGAUGUCAUUCCUAAAAUGCAUUCAAGGAAAUGUGUCUCAUGGGACACCAGGAAAGAUCCUAUAAAGGUGCAUUGGCUGGGUGAUGGGUGUGAGACUCUGCAGAAAGGAGCCAACCACACUGAGUGCCUGUGUGACCAUAUGACUUACUUUGCCGUCCUGGUGCAACUGGAGGAUCGACCGGUGCGCCACCUGCUGGCGCUUACCACCAUUACAUCUCUGGGUUGCGCCGUGUCUGUGAUCAGCUGCAUCGUUCUCAUCAUCUUCCUCUGCAGGAAGAGGAAAUCUAAGGAGCAGUCCAUACCUAUCCACCUGGGUUUAGCUGCUUCCCUCGCCUUCCUCAAUCUGCUCUUCUUCUUUACCGGGGUCCUGGCCAAUGUGGGAGGGGAGAGUGUGUGUGUGGGGGUGGGGGCAGCCCUUCACUACGCCCUGCUCAGCUCCUUCUUCUGGAUGGGUAUAGAGGUUUUCCACACCUUCUGGUUGGUCCAUGUGGUUUUCUACCCCUCCCCGAAGCCAUUUGUCUGGAACCUGGUCGGCUUUGUUCUCCCAGCUGUUCCUGUUAUCAUCCUGGCUGCAGUAGGUGACAUUUACGGCCUGAGGGAGGUGGUGCCGAGUGAUGACGUGUCCAAUCCUUAUCGCAUGUGCUGGAUGAAAAACAACAGCAAGGCCUGGCUGGCGCACUAUUUCACCACUAUGACCAUCCUGCCCAUACUGGUGAUCACGGGCAUGGUGAUGCUCUUUCUGGUCUACAGGGAGAUCCGCACCAGGGACGAAUGGAGGCAGAACCGCGUGGCGUUUCUCAGUAUCUGGGGUCUCAGCUGCCUCUACGGGACAACUUGGGGUCUCACCUUCCUGGACAUAAGACCUCUCUCUGAAUACAUUCUCUUCCUCUUCUGCAUCCUCAAUUCAUUUCAAGGUUUCCUCCUCAUGCUACGGUUCUACAUGCUGGACUGGAUGCGGAAGCAGUCUGGCAGUUCUAGCCUUGGUAGCACCAGCACCGGAUCCACCAGACAACACAUGCUACAAGAGAAGAGCUAGAUGAACUUAAAGAGGUUGUUCCAGAGCUCUCUGGAAAGACACCUGUAG